GAUUGGUCACGUUGAUUUUCGUUGACUCAUCAGGUUUGGUGGUGUUGUGUUUUUGACCUGGAGCGAAAUUCUUCUGCGUUUGCUGUCAAACUUAAGUAAAUGCAACCUCUUUACCACCAUCUUCAUAAUUAUAUGAGGAAUCAGAGUUUGGGACACAUAUGGCUAUGUAUGAUGAGAAUAUCUUGAAGAACCCUUUUUACCUGCAUCUGGAAAAACUCAGACCGGACCUAUUCAACAGAGUGGCAGAACUCCAUGGCAUUAUUCUGGUACCAUGUCGUGGAAGUUUACAAGUUGGCUCCUUGAAGGCAGCUCAGUUUGACAGAUACGUGCUUCAGCCUGCUGAGCAGGGUUACCAGACGCUAGAUGGAAAGGAAGUGUCUAUAGAAAAUAACCAGGUCCGGCUGGCUGCAGAGUCUCCGAAUCCCAUCUCGGUCAAUAUCCUGUUUGAGGAGACAUUUUACAAUGAAAAGGAGCAGGCCUACAGUAUACUAUGCAUUGCACGGCCCCUGGACUCUGACCACGGCCCUGAGACAGUUUUGUCACCAUACUGUCUGAAGAAUAUUGAGGAUGUGAGGGAAUUCUUAGGCCGUCAUGCUGAAAAACUGGACAAGUAUGUGUCCGCCUUCUGCCACUGUUUUAAAGAACAAGAGAGGAAAGGCCUCCGAUACCAAAUAGACUCUGUAAAUACCCUCUACACAAAAUGUCUUCAGUGCCUGUUGAAAGACUCUCAUCUGAAGCUGUUUUUGAAAGAGGAGAUUCAGAUGACUCUACUCAAACAAGCAGUGGAGAUGUACAUCCAUCAUGGCAUCUACGAUCUACUCUUUAGUUUUGUUGGGACUCUUGAAUCAAGUCGGGAUGCAUCAUUUAACAAAAGAACACGUUCCUUAGAGGAUCUGCAGCAGAAAGACCUUGGUGUGAAGUCAGAAUUCAGUAUAAAUAUUCCUCGAGCUAAGCGUGAGUUGAGUCAACUGAAUGUCUGUACAUCUCCACAACAGAAGCUGCUAUGCCUCAGAAAGGUUAUCUACACCAUCAUGCAGUCACCUAGAAACAGAAACACUGCAGUGAACAUUGAGGCCAUUACUGCUGAUGAUCUGCUGCCAGUUAUUCUUUAUCUGUUAAUUAAAACAGAGAUUCCUAACUGGAUGGCGAAUCUGAGCUAUAUAAAGAAUUUUCGCUUCUGUAACUCCAGUGAGGUUGACCUGAGUUACUAUCUUGCCUCAUUUGAGGCCGCUGUGGAGCACUUCAGACAGACAGACUUCACCCAGAGUCCACUGGGAUCACCAGACAGAGUGUCCUUCAGACAGAAGAUGGACCUGCUGUCCCAGAAUGCUGCUACACCUAUAGACUGUCUGUUUGAGCACAUUGUGAGUGGGAACGAGGCAGAGGUGAAGCGUUUGCUGAGUAAAAUUGAGAGUGAGGAAGAAGGGAGGAAGAUGUGUCACCCUCUCUGCUCCUGUGAUACCUGUGACCUCUACAUCUCAGGAAGAUUAAACGACCCUUCGAUAGUCACUCCAUUCUCUCGGGAUGACAGAGGCUACACUCCUCUACAUUUUGUUGCUAUUUGUGGUCAGUCUCGGCUGAUUGAUUUGCUGGUGUCAAAGGGAGCUGUGGUGAAUGCCACUGAUUAUCAUGCACUCACACCACUACACCUUUCCUGCCAGAAGGGCUACCAGGGGGUCACGCUGCUGCUGUUGCAUUAUAAGGCGAACACAGAUGCUCAGGAUAACAAUGGGAACACCCCACUACACUUGGCCUGCAUGUAUGGACAUGAGGAUUGUGUGAAGGGUCUGGUGUAUUUUGACCUGCACUCAUGCAGGCUGAAUGUACAGAAUGAUAAGGGUGACACACCGCUCCACAUUGCCGCCCGGUGGGGUUAUGAGGGCAUCAUCGAGGUGCUGCUGGAGAACGGAGCAUCAACCCUCAUCCAGAACAAAGCCAAGGAGACCCCACUGCACUGCGCCCUCAACUCUAAGAUCUUGUUGUUACUGGAACGCAGCCACAAUGACUCCAGUAAAAGGGAAAAUGGAUUUGAGUCUCCAAGCCGUUCUCCACAGGUGUCUGACUGCAGCAGCAGACGUUCAUCUGUGUCCAGCAACUCAUCAGUGAGUGUGGAGAGUAGGCUGCCAGAGACUGAACGCUCACGACACAAAGAGGUGGAGAAGCUUUUGAGAGCAGUGGCUGAUGGAGAUGUGGAGAUGGUGCGUUAUCUUUUAGAAUGGGUGGAUGAGGAGCCAGAUGAGGAGGAAUUUGAGGUACCAGUUAAGACAGAGUUGUGCCAUCCACUGUGUCAGUGUCCCAACUGUGAACCUACACAAAAGAAGAUAGCCCAUCUACAGCCAGAUAGUCUGGGUGUGAAUAGUAGCAGUGCUGACGGUUUCACUCCGCUCCAUGUGGCAGCGCUGCACGGACACACCGCACUACUGUCUCUGCUCACCCGCCAUGGGGCCAACAUCAAUGUCCGCAACAAUCAGAGCGUCACGCCACUGCACCUGGCCUGCCAGAACAGCCACAUACAGGUAGUGUCUGCUCUGUUGGAGUGUAACGCCAAACUGAAUAAGAAAGAUCAUUAUGGAAACACACCACUGAUUCAUGCAUGUUUAAAGGGACAUCUGGAGAUUGCAACGGUUUUGCUGGAGAGUGGUGCGUUGGUGAAUCUGGCUAAUAAUCAUGGUAACACGGGUCUGCAUGAGGCUGUGAGGGGAGGACACAUCCAGCUGGUUGAGCUGCUUCUCCACAGGGGGGCGCUGGUGCACAUACGCAACAAGAGACAGAGAACCGCUCUUGACUGUGCUCACGAGACAGGCGGCAAGAACACAGAGAUUCUGAGGCUCUUACAGAAAGCAUGUGCUGAUGCUCUGGAGUCUGAUCUGAUUAAACCACACUCUAGAGGAGCAGAGGGGAUUCUCGUGCACAGAGUUAAACAGCAUGAGAGUCCUGACAGUGGGAGUCGAGAGAGAGACCACACCAAACAACGGACUAAAAAGAGAUUGGACAGAGCUGUGACCAUCACUUGUCUAUCAGAGCAGACUCCAGACAGUCACAAUAACAGAUGGAGACUGAAGAGAGGUGAAACAGUGGACAGCAGCGGUCAGUUCUGCUGUCCACAGACAGAACACUCGCCCCACACCCAAACCAAGUGUCUGACCCGCUGUCACACCAUCAGCCAAAACCUGACCCAACACUCUCUUCAGACCCCACAACCCAUCUUCUCUGACCAUGAUACACAAGAGGAGGUUAUCAAUGGACCUCAGGAUACCAAAGGCUCAUGUGACCUCUCCCUCGAACCCUCACCUGACUCCGAGAAGCUCAAAAGGGAAUCAACGUUGGGGAGAGACCAAGAAGAGGAGGAAGACAUCCAGUCCAGAGGGAGUGAUGUGGAUUCAGCUGCCACAGAGAUGGACAAUGUGUUGAGAUGCUCCUCUGAGAGGUUCUGUUAAUCUGAUGUAAAAUUUGUGUUACCCAGUGAUGCCCCAGUCAUCUUCAAAUGACUCAUGCAGCUGGUUUAAAAGACUAAAUCUAAAUCAAUCAUUAGUAAAUAUUUUCCCUCCUGGUCUUUAUUGUGUUGUAGUGUUCAAACAUGAAGUAUGUAAAUUUCAUUGACCUGAAUGUGCAGAAAUGCAUAAGUGGCAUUAUAUUAUCCAACGUUAAAACAUGCAUGUUCUCAUGCCUGUGGUUUAUUAGAGAUUUUAUAGGAAUAUUCCAGGUUUAAAACAAGUUAAGUUCAAUCGACAGCAUUUGUAGCAUAAGGUUGGAUACCUCGGGUAAUUAUUUCAACUCGUCCCUCGUUUAUUUAAAAAUCGGGGUUACAGUGAGGCACUUAUAUGUAAGUGAAUGGGGCCAGUAAAUGUUAAAAUAUACAUUGUUUUAAAGACAAAAGACAUAAACAUAUGUGUUAAUGGGAUUUUAGUGUGAUAACAUUGCUUAUAGGGUUUACAGCAUUGCGUCGUCAUGGAAACGAAGUAGUACUAUUGGAUAUAACUUUACACUGACGAGGUUAUUAAGUGAUUUUAUCACACUAAAAUCAUGUUAACAUGUAUAAUGUUUGACUUGUGGCUAUACUUUUGAAACAAGGUGUAUUUUAAUGUUGAUGGUCUGGUCCCAUUCAGUUCCAUUGUAAGUAAAAAAAAAAACGAGGGACAAGUUUUUUUUUUUAUGGGAAUCAGUAUUAUACUACAAAUGCUGUCAAUUGAGAUUGAACCCAGAACAUUGCUUUAAGGGUCCUUAUGUAAAUUAAAAAAAUUGCUCCAUGGCAAAAAAAGAGGAAGUGCCA